AUGAGGGGGUGUUCAGCGAAUUUCGAUCGAUCACUAUGUUGGCAAAGCGCUUCGUUUGGCGAAGUUGCUGAACGAAAAUGCCCAUUCACGUAUUGCUUGAAUGUGGCCGGUUGUGAGCGAAUCGCAAAUGAAUUCAAUGUGCAGAGAUUGUGUCAAAAUAACGGCACAUGGGCUGAUCCAAUCUAUGGUCAGUGUAUUGACGUUAUCAAGUAUCAUCCACAAUGCAUUGUGGGGUUCUGUCGCACGUGUCCAGAUUUGUUACGUGAAAUGGUGAUUAGUGCCUCACUAACGUUAAGUAUCAUAUCAGUGGCGUUGUUGGUUUCCACACUAGUGCUCUUCACAAUAUUCGAUUCGAUACAAUGCAGACGGCUAUCAAUACACAAAAAUCUGGCAGCUGCAUUCGUAUUCCGUUUUGCGGUAUUGGCCGUUUGGACAAUUGUACAAACUUCGAACGUCUUUCAGGACUGCAGCUCCUAUAAUCCAGUGCCUCGUUUUGAAUAUGAGUGGAUUUGUAAGCUAUUACUUUGGCUCGUCAUUUAUUUUCAAGUUGCCUCCGUGAUGUGGAUGCUAAUUGAAGGCGCAUAUUUGUAUAGUCGUUUUACGAUAUUCGCAAUGCGACACACAGAACCACCCUAUUAUGCAUACUUAUUAUGUGGAUGGGGAGUACCGUUUAUUGUUGUGUUGAGUUGGACGUUUGUACAUCAGUAUCGUUCAAGUCAAAGUCAUAAUUCAUUUUGUUGGUUGCCUUAUGCACAAGGACAUCAUUUAUGGAUUCUUGCUGGUGCAAUGGGCUUAGCUCUUAUCCUUAAUUUGUUAUUCCUGUUGGGUAUCGUGAUCAUUUUGGUGCAAAAAUUAAGAGCCGAAAAUACAGCCGAAUCGAAAAAAAUUUGGCGAACAAUCAAGGCAACCCUUUUACUGGUACCCUUACUUGGUGUUUCGAAUAUUCCGUUGUUUUACGAACCAGCUGAACCGAGUAGUACAUACAUGCUUGGAUCGGCGAUUCUUCAGCAUUCACAGGGUAUAUUCAUCGCGGUAUUAUAUUGCUUCUUGAAUAGCGAAGUGCAAAAUGCGAUGAAACGACAAUUUUCCAAAGUCACUUUGCACUUAUUUCGUCGACGGGAAAGGUUCGAAACUGAGCGAACCUAUGUACCCGAUAUUGGAAAUCGUAAGAAUCGUCAAAUUGGCGUGCCAAUGGAAGAACUAAAUGGGUUGAAAAAUGAUUUUACCACCGCUGCUGAUAAUAAAAACAAUCGCAUUCAUAAUAAUAGUAAUAACAAUAAUAAUAAUCAAAAUAAUAAUGGUAAUAGCAGUCGCGAAGGACAUAGCGAUGAUGGUGUCAUACAAAAAGUUGAUAAUGCAAUAGAGUGA